CUUGGUUGACAAGUCUUGUACUUCCUCUACAUUAAUGCGAAUAUAUAACACCCAUCAUAAUUAGGGUUAUUUUCUUCCUUGCCAAUCUCUUGCAUAUCAUAUUCAACCAUGUCUCUGCUUCUCAACCAUCCCUUGAAGCUAUGCUUUAGGAGACCUGUGCUGGUAAGAUCCUCUCCGCUUGUCUCAACUUCCUUGCCGCAAACCGCUCCUUGUACCAUCGUCCGAGUUGGCAGCUGGGGACUUAAUGAGGCAAAACUCGGUGUUAUAUAUGCAGAUCAAUAUAAUCAACCUCACGGCAUUGAUCUGCAUAAGGUUGUGCCUCGGGACUUGGUGUAUGACACUGAUGAUUCGGUAACCAUCGGGUCAUCCCAUGGUUGGGUGGCUACUUUGAAGAAAGACGGCAUACUGCGUCUCCAAGACGAUCUAAACCCAAGUGCAUCGUAUACGAACCCGAAACGCAUCCCUUUACCUCCUCUUGUGACUCUGCCUCAUUGCCAAACCCAAAUCGUCACCAACGUGUCAAUGUCCACGUCUUCCCCUGAGGAUGAGGACUGUGUCGUGGCUGUCAAGUUCUUGGGACCACAGAUCAGCUUUUGCAGACCAGCUCAAAGAAACUCAGAGUGGACCAACAUCAGGAUCGAGAACCCCUGCUUCUUCUCCUCACGUGUCAUGUUUUCCAAGAAAGAUGAGAUGUUUCUCAUGCCUGGUUCUGGUGGUCAUCUCAUCGCAUCAUGGGAUCUCCUCCUCAAAAAGAACACCAAGUUGCAGAACUUGUGCUUGGAUAACCUUCCCAAGCUUUCAAAGAAGAAACGAGAGCUUCUGGAAGCGUGCUGCAAAAGCGAACACUUGGUGGAGUCAAGAAGCACCGGUGAGACUUUCUUGAUCAAGUGGUACAAGAAGACAACCAAGAUCUUCAAAGGCGUUGCCAGGAUGAAAACAAAGGCUUUGAUGGUGUUCAAGCUAGACGGACUAGGAAACGCUGUUUACACUAAAGACAUUGGAGACCUAGCCAUUUUCCUCUCCAAGUCUGAACCAUUCUGUGUCAAUGCUAGCUCCUUUCCCGACUUGGCCCCUAAUAGAGUCCAUUUGAACGAUAUGGGCGAACUCGCCAUCGUCUGUCCUACUCAUAUCUCGCCAUUAAUUAGCCUUAGAACUGGUGAAUCCAUAGUCCCCCCUUUUUACAUUCCACCUCAAAAUAUAGAGUUGAGUUAGUUAUACUCCCUUCAUUUAUGUUUAAUCAGCAAUCAUCCAUGCAUUCUCUGUUGAUUAAAUUCGCUUGAUUUUAUAUGAAAUUAAUAUGGACUUUCUUUGGAGCUUCAGUAGUUCCAUAUUUUGGUUGCACAAUACUCUUGACUUUGCUUUAGUCGUAUGGGACAUCAGUAG